AUGGCAUAUCCAAACAAUCCUUGGCUACCAGGCCAAUUGAACCUAUUGAGCCUAUGGAGCAAAUGCUGGCAAAACAAUUCAUGCACAUGCUAUCCUGCUGCACAACUUUGGCAACGUGGUCUACCAAUGACCAUAACUUAUGCCCUUUUGCAAGACCUCGACUACAUACCAAGACCUAUGAUUCUGGCCGAGCUCCGAGCAGCAUUCGAUUUAUAUGCACAACUUAUUCCAGUGACUUUUCAAGAGACACAGGUUUACCAAGAAGCCGACAUUAUAUUUGAAUUCACUCUUAUUUACACUAAUGAUCUCGCAUUAUGCACAAUUGCAAACCCUAAUGAACCGAGGCGGGUUCAAUUCAAUGUAAUAUACCAUUGGAGGUUAAAACCUUCCAAAGAAGAUCUACCUUCUAUUUAUGGAACAGCAGUUCAUGAGAUUGGUCAUGCUUUAGGGUUAGAACACUCUUCUUAUCCUUGGUCAUAUAUGUCUCCACUUGGAAAUUAUGAUCAUCAGAAAUAUCUCACAACAUUUGAUAUCAACAACUUGUUGGCAUUGUAUGGAACUCGUCGAACAAUUCAAGAUACUAAUGGCUCACCACCAGUCAUCUAUUGUCCUCAGUCUUUUGUUUUACUAGGUGGUUCUAAUUACACUUGA